CACGGACAUAACAAGCACAUGGGAACGACAUCGUACACAGCUCGCGGCAGGAAGCGUUCGAGAGAAAGGACGGACCACAUUACCCACUCGUCGUACGCUCGGCAAGCCCAUCACAACCACCACCAGGGAGCCAACCGUGACAAACGGAGCCGACGGGAGGACAAGCCAGGGCAAGAACUACCACCACGAGCCGAGCGCGAACCCCACGAUCGCAUCCCUGAUGAAGCACGCGACGUCCCGGAAGCCGGACACCCGCAGCGGGACGAGAAGAAGCGGCGUGUUGAGGACGAGGACCGGACGUGGCUCGACCAGGAGCAGCAGGAGUGGGCGAGAAUACGCACCCUGACCGACAAGCACCUGUCCAACGGCGAGCAACCGCCCCAGACUUGCAACAAAGAGAAGCGGACGACGGACGAACGGCUCAACCUGGCGUGGCACAGGCUGCCGACGCCGUUCAUCUUCAAGCUCGCCGAAGUGCCCUACACGACUCUGGCGUCAGCAAGCGGCGCCAAUAUGACUGCUCUUGUGGAGAAGAACCUCCAGAGGAAGAGGAUACAACUGCAGCGCACCGUUGAGCGCCAAGGCGACGACGGAUCAUCGACAGAAGCAAAGUCGGGAAGCAGCCAGGUGGACCAGCUGAAAGUAGUUAAUGCACUACUCAACUGGUGCCACAGUGACCUGUUCCCAUUUCUCACCAAGGUGGACCUUAUGACCCACACUGCCGAUUCUAUGGGCCGGGCGUCGUACUUGUAUCAGCACCUCCUCCUUCCCCUCUACAGCCGCAUCGCCGCGCCCCAAUAA